UAAAAUUCGGUUUGGCAUCUCUCCAAACGGACGCUUGGUUUAUUUUGAGCUGCGGAGACCGCAUUUCGUGAGCGUUAUAACCUAAUAGAUUUCAUCUGAUUCCCGCAAAUUGUACUGAAUAUUGGACAAAGGGCCGUAUAGUUUACGUCUAAGUGCACAAAGUGCCGCUGAAGUGGAUACAAGGUGCUUUGAAAUGUACCUCAGAUACGUUGUUUAUCUGUCACUAUGGGCACUAGUGUUGACAGAAAAAUGCAAUCACAAGCCGAUCUUAGUGCCCGACGAUGUGGAGCCUCUGGACAACAACAAUUUAUUCACCAUGACAGUGCAAAACAUGGGGAAGGACGUCAACAACCUUUUCAAGCCGGACCAGCGAUAUGCUAUAACCAUUAAAGCGAGCGACCAGAACCACACGUUCAGCUGGUUCAUGAUAACCGUCGAGGACCCGGACGUAGACGAAAGUGACUACGCGUUCAGGAGACAACAGUACGACGUUGGCACUAUGAAGACUAUGGACGACGACCAUAGUAGCCAGUACAGCGACAAGUGUGCCAAUACUGUGGAGAAUAUAGACAAUACUGGCAAGAUGGAGGUUUCGCACACGUUCAGCUGGUUCAUGAUAACCGUCAAGAACCCGAACGUAGACGAAAGUGACUACGCGUUCAGGAGACAACAGUACCACGUGGGCACUAUGAAGACUAUGGACGACGACCAUAGUAGUCAGUACAGCGACAAGUGUGCCAAUACUGUGGAGAAUAUAGAUAAUACUGGCAAGAUGGAGGUUUCGGUCCAUUGGCUAUCCCCCAGUUCCAGUUCCCCUCUGCCGAUUGCGAGCAAAGUGCGCAUUCGUGCGAUGGUGGCCGAAAACGCACGGGCGUGGUACGUCGGCCCUAAUCUGGACAUCGUGUUGACCAAGGACAACGAACGGCCACUUGACAUGCCGCAGUAUGACGCCAAAGAGACGUGUAAUUUGUGCAGCGAGGCGCGGUAUGAAGUAAUUUUCGAAGGACAAUGGUCCAAACUGACGCACCCACAGCAGUUCCCCACCAACAUGGACAAAAACGCGUACAGCUACAUGGUGGGAGCUUCUCACGACUACGUGUUCACACUUUGGGAGCCCGACACGCUUGCCAGCGCAGGCCUGCAGGAGGCCGCGGAGAAUGCUGACAUGAAUGUCUUGGAGAAGGAGAUUAUGAGUAAAGUGGGCUAUGGACCGGAUAGCACCCGCACGCUGAUCCGUGGACGCAGAAACGCACACCCAAACAUGUUCAGGCCGUCCCACGCACUCUUUCGGACGGACCGAACACACCACCUCUUCUCAUUGGUCAUCGGGAUCCAGCCUUCGCCUGAUUGGUUCCUCGGAGUGCACAAGUAUGAGCUGUGCACUGACAACGGCUGGCUGGAAUAUGAGAAGCUGCCGCUGUAUCCUUGGGACGCGGGCACUAUGGACGGCGUUUCCUAUAACUCAACCAAAAAGAAAACGAAUCCCCAAGAGAAAGUCGGCCGGGUGGCACUGGGUUCGUUCGACAGGGAAUCCCCCUUCUACCAGUUAAACUUGAACGACCUCAAACCCUUCGGUCACCUGAAGACGAGACUGUUGGACGUUUACCCUGUCAAAGAUUGCGAGGCAGAUACAACCAAUGAAGAAGAAGCAGAAAAUAUGGAAAAAGGUGCUCAAGAUGAAGAAAUGGAGGAACCUCAAGUAUCAGAGUCUCGUGAAGGCUGCGGCUUCACCGAAUGGGAGCCCUGGUCGCCAUGCUCGCCUGAAGGAGAUUGUGGUUACGGAAGGCAGUUUCGCGUCCGGUACAAGACAACUUGGAACCACAACUAUAGGAGCCACAUGAAUCAUGGACCUGAUCGUGAAGAGAAGUGCAUAGUGGACCCGAAACAGAUGGACACGGAGUACCACUCGUGCUAUGUUGAUUGUUAUUAACACUAUACGGA